AACCACCGCGGCAUUGUGGGAGGAGACGGAGCAGGAAAUAUGGCGGAUGUGGAGGAACCGGAGAAGAAAAGAAGGAGAGUAGAAGAGCAGACUGAGAAAAUGGCUGUGGAUGGUGGGUGUGGGGACAAUGGAGACUGGGCAGGUCGCUGGAGCCAUGUCAAGAAGUUUCUCGAGCGCUCAGGACCAUUUACACACCCCGAUUUUGAACCAAGCACUGACUCACUCCAGUUUUUAUUGGACACAUGCAAGAUACUAGUCAUUGGAGCUGGAGGGCUUGGAUGUGAACUUCUUAAAAAUCUGGCCCUGUCUGGCUUUCGCCAUAUUCAUGUAGUUGACAUGGAUACCAUCGAUGUCUCAAAUCUGAACAGGCAAUUUUUAUUCAGACCUAAAGAUGUGGGGAGGCCGAAAGCAGAAGUGGCGGCAGAAUUUAUCAACAGUCGUAUUCCAAGCUGUGGUGUUGUGCCAUAUUUUAAAAAAAUACAAGAUUUUGAUGAUUCAUUUUACAGACAAUUUCAUAUAAUUGUAUGCGGCCUGGAUUCAAUCAUUGCAAGGAGGUGGAUAAAUGGCAUGCUGAUGUCACUCUUAAGCUAUGAAGAUGGUGUUCUGGAUCCUAGCACCAUUAUCCCUCUUAUUGAUGGGGGAACAGAAGGCUUCAAAGGCAAUGCGCGUGUGAUAUUACCUGGAAUGACAGCAUGUAUUGAUUGCACACUUGAACUUUAUCCGCCACAGAUCAAUUUUCCCAUGUGUACUAUUGCAACCAUGCCACGGUUACCAGAACAUUGUAUUGAAUACGUCAGGAUAUUACAGUGGCCCAAAGACAAGCCAUUUGGAGAUGGAGUAGCUCUGGAUGGUGAUGACCCCGAACAUAUCCAGUGGGUGUUUCAGAAGUCUCUGGAAAGAGCAGCACAGUUUAAUAUUACUGGGGUUACAUACAGACUUACACAAGGUGUGGUGAAAAGAAUCAUCCCAGCUGUUGCCUCUACAAAUGCUGUCAUUGCUGCUGCAUGCGCUACUGAAGUUUUUAAAAUAGCUUCCAGUGCAUACAUUCCUCUAAAUAAUUAUCUGGUGUUUAAUGAUGUUGAUGGUCUUUACACAUACACUUUUGAAGCAGAAAGAAAGGAAAACUGCUCAACCUGCAGCCUAGUGCCUCAGGAGCUGCUGUUCCCUUCAUCUGCCAAGCUCCAGGAAGUGCUGGAUUACCUGACUGAAAAUGCAUCUUUGCAAAUGAAAUCUCCAGCCAUUACUGCAACUUUGGAAGGGAAGAACAAAACCCUUUAUUUACAGACUGUAGCCUCAAUUGAAGAAAGGACAAGACCAAAUCUUUCCAAGACUUUGAAAGAGUUGGGCCUGACUGAUGGACAAGAGCUUGCUGUGGCAGAUAUCACCACCCCUCAAACAGUGUUAUUUAAGCUACAUUAUACAUCCUAAUCAGGAACAUGUAAGAGCUAAGAAACUAGUAAAUAAGUGAAUUUUAGAAUAAAUGUGAGAGAAUCCGGCAUAUAACAGAGCAAUUAUCAUUUUUAAUAAGUGAAACUAUUUAAGGCAUUGCAAAUUAAUUUAUGUAAAUAAGCUAACUUUAUAGUAGCUUCUAAAACAAAACCUUUUAAAAAGGAUAAUUUCAAGUUGGGUUCUAGAUACAAGUUAUAAGCCUAAUUGAUCAAUUUUCUAUAUAUGAUGAGUCUGAUCUAACUCUGAGCAAGUUGUGGUUAUUUUCUUUCUCAUGUCUAAAAUAUCCUCUGAAACUUGGCAUUACCUAGUUGCAGCACUUAUUUUAUUCACUGUUGUCAAAAGAAUGACCCUGUAACAGGACCAGGUUGGAUAAUAACAUACCUAUCACCUGCCUCCUUUACUUUUAUGAGAACGUUGUGUAUGUCAUGUGUUUGUUGCGGUAAUUUUGUUUUGGAUGUAUAUUUAUGGAAAAUGUAAUUAAAACAUUUUGCUGAACAAAUACUAAA